GCUGUAAAGGCUGUACCAAUAAAGUUGAGGUUAGGUUGAAUUUUGAGGUGUCAUCAGGAUGAACAGCACCUCGAGACCCGACGGCUUCAGGGACGCCUUCAUCAAGAACUUCAUUACGGUCUUCCUCUGUGUUGCCAUCAACACCAUCAACGGCUCCUUCCUCUACAUCUACUUCAGGAGUGAGGUGUUCAAGAAGGACCCCAGGUAUGUGCUCUACAUCCACCUGGUGAUAAAUGACAUCAUCAUGCUCACCAGCUCCGUCCUCCUCCAGGUGAUCACCUAUCUCGCGGUCGGGGGGAUCAACGUGGCGGUGUGCUGCACCAUUCUGGUCGUCAUGGUUACCACCAACAAGAACAGUCCAGUGAACCUCGCCUGCAUGGCGGUGGAGCGCUACAUCGCUGUGUGUUGGCCGCUACACCACCCCCAGCUGUGCACCGUGGGUCGCACCUACUGCCUGAUCGGCCUCAUCUGGGGCGCGUCCUUCAUCGACGCCUUCGCUGACAUCAUCAUCAUCUUCGUGACCCGGCCCCUCUCCUUCUUCUCCGUCUCCAUGAUGUGCUUUGCCGACGCCAUCUUCUCCGUCCGCCAACACAAAGACAAGACCACCGUCGUCCAGGUGGUCCUGGUCUCCAUGGUGUUUCUGACCCUCGUCAUCACCUACCUGAAGGUCCUCUUUGCAGCCAGGAAAGCGUCCGGUGAUGACCAGGUGUCGGCCAGGAAGGCGAGGAACACUAUCCUGCUCCACGGCGUGCAGCUGCUGAUCUGCAUGCUCUCCUACGCCUCGCCCAUCCUCACCAUGCACCUUAUCCGGACCUUCCCCACCAACUUCCGGAACAUCCUCUUCCCCUGCUUCCUCCUCACCAACGUCCUGCCGCGCCUCCUCAGCCCCCUCAUCUACGGCGUGCGUGACCAGAAGUUCAGCAACCAGCUCAGACUGCUCUUCUCCUGCAGGAGCUCUGGGCCCGGGGAGGGCGAGAGACUGAAGCCCACCGCAGGAGAGAGAGUCCGACCGAUGAAGGGCAAGAGAGAGACAAAGACAGUAGGGGAGAGAGGGAGCUCUAGAAAGAUGAAUAAACAGACCGGACGGCCCUAGUGGCUGGUAUGAUCGUUUUGCAUUUGCGAUCUUGUUUGUGAUGAGGUCACACUUUGCUCUGUAGAGGAGACUGAAAUAUCCCAAACAGUUUUGAGCGAUCCUGCUAUUAAAAGCUUUUGUACAAACCUGUAUUCAACCUCUUUUAUCCCCUUGGAAUAAGGUUCCAUUUUAGGACCAAUGCAAUUAAUACACAUGUUCUCUUUUGGUGAUACAUCGUCCAAGAGACAAGAAAGGUGCCACCCAGUGGUAUAUUCCAAUCAAAGCAGGACCAGGCUAUAGCUAGGGAAUAUGGGGUACAAAAAAACAAACAGAAGUCCCUCCCUCAAUUUAGGCAGAUAACCUUCUCACUAUGUGUAUAUGAUCCACA